AUGUCCACAAGAUCUCUUCCUGACUGCUGGGGUCAUCGCGGGGCUUCCUCGCGCUUCCCCGAAAACACGCUUGCAAGCUUCGAAGCUGCCAUGAGAGAUGGCUCCGAAGGCAUCGAAAGUGACGUUCAUGUAUCGGCAGACGAUGUCGUGGUUAUGUUCCAUGACCCAGCCCUUGAGAGAACGACAGACUCUAAAGGUCAAAUCAAGGAGAGAACCUGGUAUGGGGAGAAUGGAAUGCAGCAUGUACGGACCGUGAAAGAACCCAAACAAGCGAUCCCCACUUUCGCGGAGACAGUCGAGCUGCUCAUGAAGCCGGAGAACCGCCACAUUAAGUUCAACGUUGACGUCAAAGUGCAGAAUGAUCCAGACCGCCUCUUCUCGCUGAUGCACAACACCAUCUCCUCGCAUCCCAGCUGGGAGACGGAUCUCGCCCCGCGCAUUCUGUUGGGUCUAUGGCAUCCGCGGUUCAUCAACUUCGCCAAGGCGAGACUUCCAUACUGCAGACGCUCGUACAUCGGUACGAGUACGUACGUUGCCCGGAAAUACUUUUGGAAGGACUGUGAUGCGUUCUCCAUGGCGUUUGCAUCGCUUGCCACCGUCGAUGGACAGCGGUUCCGAGCUGAAUGCAAGAUUGCAGGAAAGAACGUUAUGGUAUGGACUGUGAAUGAACCUGGCCACAUGAUGGAGGCUGUGAGAUGGGAAGUAGACGCGAUUAUUACGGACGUCACCAAGACUUGGCUGGACCUUCGCUCAGCGUUGCAAACCGAUUACGACAGCAUUGGGUCGCAGUACGGACGAUUCUUCCUCUGGACGUCGCUCAAGUUCUACAUGCCUGUUUUGGCCAUGUACAACAGGAAAGUUCAGACCUAUUUGGAGAGCAUUGCAGGCCCUUUCGACGCAGCUGAGAUCGAGGCACCACCGGUAGUCGCACCCGUCGUCGCUACGAACGCUUAA